UGUAUAAGUUUCUCUACGCCUUCGUCGGCGGCCGUCACUAGAUCCACAGAGUUCAGCUUCUCCCGCGUCGCCAGGACGUAUGUCUGUCUACGGAUCUGAUCUUCACGGAGGUACCGCCCAGCGCGUCGGGCAAGGUCGCAGGCAAAAUCAUGCAGCUUCUGGAGGUCCUGGAUGGUGAACGUCGUGGUGGUCAUAAUCACGAUCGUGGUCCGGUCCGCCGUUUGUAAUUCGGGUUGUGGUUCCUUUCUUGAUUACCACCACCAUGCAUCCAGUCAUCAUGAGCGAUGACAAGCCCUCGAAGAGAGUCGUUAUCCGUGCCAACAAGGUCCAGACAGAGAUAUUGAAGGAGGCGUAUACCAAGUUUCAAACUGUGAAUGUGGAGCAGCUGGAGAGUUUGUUUGAACAGACUGGCUUGCCAAAGAAGUGGAUCAGCAACUGGUUUAUGCGGCAGAGGAAGAAGAAUCGCGUCAAGCAGGAAGAUGUUUUCAAGGCUGAAUAUCAAGAACCUGCUCUUGACACUGUUACCACGCCCAAGAGAUCUGCGCCGAAGAGAACCAAGAAAGCUAUGUCUGUAAAACAACUUGUUACUCCCAAGCUAGAGUAUCCCGACGAAGACGAGAUUCAGCUACUCAGUUCACCGCUACCUGUGUCGAAGGCUUUUGACGCGUAUCAUGAACUAUCUGGCUCUUCACCAUCUACAGCUAUAUCCACAAACCAUUCUCAAGCUAUCUCUGCUCCUACGCCUGCCUGGACAGCACCUAUAAACGCCGAUGGCAGUUCCAGUCAGCAGCCUUGGAUCGCUCCUUCUACAGACCGUUCCCAUAUGCUAGGUCAGCCUCAGUUUAUGCCUUCCCCUUGGCCUUUCGACGCCAAAGAGAACUUGCCGGACGACUAUAUGCGCACCCAAGUCGCUGACCACAUGCAUUAUAAUGGCAAUAUACCUUCUUCAGUUUCGUGUGCUAUGCCCUACACCCAGGCAUCUUUUAUGCAGCAACAACCAUCUUUCAUGGAUCAGCUUCAGUUUCCUCGUCAUCACUCUUACCCGCCGACUUCAGCACUUAUUGCAGACACCUUGAACCCUCAGCUCACGCCCUUGAGGCAUCUCAGCGUCCUUGCGAACCAAAACUAUCCCAAUGACGCUAGUGUCCUCUCGGCUUGUCUGUUGGACGAACAGCUUGGUCAGAACGACCCCUUCCAAGCAGCGAUGGGCCUGGUGUACUUGUCUCGACUUGGACUGAACUGGUAGAGCUCGCUUGUCCUUUGUUACGUAUUGUUUUGGUAGAUAAUAGUGCUUGAUAUGAUACCUUACUGUUGUGAUUCAUAA